AUGAAUUUUGAACUAUUUGCCAAAGCAACCCGAGAGAAGCAGUACGACAUCCUUUAUUAUACUUUCGACGACUUAGCCCUCGCGACAUGGUUCUUCGAGCCCGGUGCUGACCCUAAUAAACGGUGCCAGCUGCGAGACGCCACUCCAUUGUCUUAUGCUGUUUUUGAGGCUCCCUUUACAAUUAUUGAGCUUCUUUUUCAGUAUGGAGGAUCGGCCGAAUAUGGACAGCUACUGCACUACGCUUCGAUGCGAUAUGAUCUGGACGGGCCACAUAUCCUGAAAUAUCUAUACAAUAAAAACCCACGCGUGAUGGACAGGGCCAAUGAUUAUCUCGAUGAAGGUUAUGAGGAAUUUCCAAUGAACUAUAGGCUUGGGCUCUGUACGCCUAUUCAGUAUGCUGCACGGGCUGGCUCACUGGAGUCUGUGAGAUUCUUGGUUAAGCAAGGGGGAGAUCCCUGGCGUUUGGAUCCCUAUAGGCGAACUGCAUUGAGCUACGCAGUCCUCUAUCAACAUGAACCGAUAAAGCACUAUUUGAAUAAUCUCAAGACUUAA